CUCCACUAAACGAUAGACGUCCGCGACAGCGUUCAUCUGUCGGCGACGAUCGACCGUAUAGAUGCAGCCUCGGAUAGGGCGGGGCAUCUGGCUAGCAUCACUCGGUAUUUCUCGGCGGCCAACUCUGGCCUGUGGCACAAGUGCCAGGGCACGUUUCGCACACUCCUCAUCAAGGUUCACUAAAGAGUCUCCUAGAUGGUUUCGGUGCUCCUUAUUUUUGGCUACUCCAGUAGCUGGUGCAGCUGUCCUCCUCUUUCCGAGGGAAACUUCUCCUGUUCCCCUGAUCCUAUCUUCUCCCAAAGCCAUUCCUUGCACGUCCUUUGCCACGAAAGACGCUUCAUACGCCACCCACCAGAUGUCCUCUCCUCAGGAGCAGCGCCAGUCCGUUAUGCGGAAAAUAUUGUUAUUUAUCAAGUUUAAAAUAUGGGAACCAAUACUAAUUGCUCGGCGCUUCAUUCAUUUAACGUUUCUGUUUGUACCCGUUUUUCUUACUAUUCCCAUCAUCCUCUUCGGUCCACGGCAAGGGAAGCAUAAUGGAAGGCGAGGGGCUCUCGUUUGGUAUGCCUUUCUUACACAUCAGAUGCAGAGGGCGGGACCCACUUUCAUUAAGUUCGCUCAAUGGGCUGCUACGCGGCAGGAUCUCUUUCCUGCAGAGAUGUGCGAGCGACUCGGGCAGCUCCAUUCGGCUGGCGAGCCUCAUUCAUUGCGACACACUAAGCGUGUCAUCGAAAGAGUGUUCAAGCGACCGUUUGAUGAGGUUUUCGUUUCCUUCGACGAAAAACCCAUUGGCGUGGGAGCUAUUGGGCAGGUAUACUGCGCGACACUUAAUCCAGAUCUUAUCCCUGCCCAUUACCUGAGUCCAAAACAUUCGAAGGAACGUCAGGAAUGGCCCAGGGCUUUGGCCAAUGCGUCGCGCGUUCUGGUCUCUCCGGAUGUGCCGCCGCCUGUCAUCCCAUCUACUUCUAUCGCAAUCAAAGUCUUGCACCCUGGUGUGGCGGACAUGAUCCGUCGUGAUCUGGCUAUCAUGUCCUUCUUUGCUAAGUGUCUCAGCAUCAUUCCAGGAAUUGAAUGGCUCUCGCUCUCUGACGAAGUGCAAGUGUUUGGAACGAUGAUGAAUGAACAACUGGAUUUAACUCAUGAAGCUUCCAAUCUGAGGCAAUUCGAGAAGAAUUUCGCAGAUAAACGAGCAGCUGUGACAUUCCCGAGACCUCUGGAGGAGUUCACGAGUGCCGAUGUACUUGUGGAGGAGCAUCAGAAUGCAUUACCGCUCAAAGCGUUCCUUGAAAAUGGUGGCGGGCCGUAUGACCAUAGAUUGGCCGACCUUGGCCUAGAUGUCUUCUUGAACAUGCUUCUCAUUGACAAUUUUGUGCACUCAGAUCUCCACCCGGGUAAUAUCAUGAUCAAAUUUUACAAACCAACAACUACGUACAUCUAUAAAAAUAUCCUUCAUUCUAUUCUCUAUGCGAGACGCCCGCAAAAUGACGACCUUCAUCCCACGUCCAUUCAUCAGAGUCGCAAUGACGAAGGUCUUACGCCCUCAGAAGAAUCCGACCAAGUCAUCGAGCGUCUCCGUCCACUGGAGUGCAAUCGGGAAGCGUGGAAAGCUGAACUUGAAAAGAUUUCCAAAGAAGGUUAUCUCCCUGCUCUAGUCCUCAUUGACGCGGGUCUUGUCACAACUCUAAACCAGACUAACCGAAGGAACUUUCUCGAUCUGUUUCGGGCCAUUGCGGAGUUUAACGGGUAUCACGCAGGCGUGCUUAUGAUUGAGCGAUGCCGUACCCCCGAACUUGCGAUCGAUACAGAGACAUUUGCACUCAAGAUGCAGCAUCUUGUCCUAGGCGUCAAAUCCAAGACAUUCAGUCUCGGGAAGAUCAAGAUCAGUGACGUCCUCACUCAGGUGUUGAUCAACGUGCGGGAUCAUCAUGUGCGGAUGGAAGGCGACUUUAUCAACACAGUGUUAGCGGUUCUAUUGUUAGAGGGGAUCGGACGGCAGCUUGAUCCCAAUAUGGACCUGUUCAAGAGUGCGUUGCCGAUAUUGAGGCAGCUGGGCAGUCAGAUGACGACCAGGGAUGCGAUGAACGAGAUCCCAAAAGGCAAUUUUGGUGCCAUGCUCAAAUUUUGGGUAUGGAUUGAGGCGAGAGAGCUGGUUUCGUCCGCAUUGGUAAAUAUAGAUGAGAUGGUCAAGUAUGAUUGGCUGUCUCCAAAUAUUUGAGGAAGGCUUUUAUCCUUGCAGCGAAUCACAGCACCAUUGUAGCCUAUGUCACAGUAUUUUAGGAGCAUUUGUCGGGCCGCAGCUUCGAUGUACAACAGUGCAUUCCUAAUGCAUAAAGAAACCAGCUAACAUUGUCUCAUACUACUGUGCAUGAAUAUUAACUGAUCCAUCCAGCUGGUUACCUGGCGGACGGGUCCCCCACGCCUCUGUAUACUCCAA